UUGAGAGCUUGCGUGCAUGUGUGUGUGUGUGUCCCUCACACAUGUCACCAUUCAAUUAGAAAGGGCAUCACAUUGAAUCUCAUUUUGCUUCUGGUACAAAGCAUCAGUGAAGAUCUGUUCGUGCUUCAUCCGAGACCAAGAUUUUGAGGUGAGAAAUCAGAAAUGUGUGACCAGCGAGAAAAAGUCAAGAACAAAAAAACAGAUGGAAAAUCUCAACAAAUAAAGCAUCAUCACAUCAAACAAAACCACCGUCAACAGCAACAUCAUCAUCAACAACACCGCAUCCAUCAGUCAGAAAAUGACUACAAAGACAUGCAUUCAACUGAAGAGGAGAGCUUGUUGAGUGAUUGCCUCCCUCAUCAACAUCAUUCUCAUCGUUACUACAACAAGCAAAACCAUGGCCAGCUGUCUCUUUCUGAAACUUCUUUCACUUCUUCCUAUGAUUCUUCAUCCACUUCAUCCUCCUCAACAACCACCUCCUCUUGUUCAAGUUCAUCAUCCAGUUCCUGCUCUUCAGCUUCUUCCUCAAGUCUCUCGUCAGAAAGUAGCACCGAUGGGUCAGAUACAUUUCUCCUUAGGAGACCUCAGCAUUCCCAGUCAUGUAAUAACAUUUCUGAAAAGCAAAAGUGCAUCGAAGAAGACACAACACCUUUGACUGGUAACAGAAGGCAUGUAGGCAAGCAGAAACAAACGAAAGACGAUUCCUCUAAUAAUGGCUUUAAGCAAGGCACCCAGAAGAAGACACAUGACAGUUUCCGCAAAUCCAAAUCGAUGGAGGCUCUCAGUCAUCCCUCAGAAAAGGAGGGUUAUGCAACCCAGGAAGAACAAGAAAGAAGAAAAAUUGAAGUAAAAAAGAAUUUGAUGAAGGAGAAAAUGAAGUUCUCUGCCUUCCUUAAUGAGAUCACUCGCCAAGUGCUCAGCCCAAUGAGACUUACAACUCUGGGCGUUACAGAUGCUCGGAAAGCAAGCGACACAGAGGCCACCUCUGUUAGAUCCAGGAAGUCUGAGAGCAGCUUAGACAGAAGCCGACGACAGAGAAGUCGCCCUGUCAGCGCCGACUCAGUUAACUCUAACCAGAAUUCGCGUACGCAUCUUUCAAAGUCAACCUCGCCCCGAAACCAUCGUAGUCACGGCUCUCCUGACUCAUCUAUUCACAUGCAAUCUAGGCCCCGUAGCUGCACUGAUAUAAACUGUUUAGAAAGACAUCCGUCAUGGUCUCAAACUUCUCAGCGUUGCUCCCACUCACCAUAUUACAAACAGCGACGCGGUCGGAAUCAAGGAGAACGUACUCAUCAGUGUCAUCACCAUAGCGACCGCUACAGCCCGAGUUAUCACAAAUACCCCCACAACAAAGGUCAUCAUCAUCACCGCAGAUGUCACAGUCCUGUCUUUUAUCCUGAUUGUGGAGAUCGCGACAUUUCCAGUCAUCACAAUAAACAUUCUCCUUUCAAUCACUAUGACGACAACAGUGAUGGAGACCACUACGGUGUUUCAACUCCCCAAAAUCGCGCCAACUACCGUGACCUGGCUAUUCACCAGCAGGAUGACCACCAUUUCCAUUAUCAAGGCUACUACAGCCAUGGUCACGUUCCUCGCCACAGAGAUCGUGACUUUGCUACACAUCACUGUGAACAACGCCGCAACCAAGCCCCCGCUCAACGCCAAAUUCAUGAUAGCUCAUCAUCUCACCACAAAGACCAUCAAAAUAAAGGGCACCACCACAGCAAUCAUUUCAAAACAAAACGUCCAACCACACCACGCCAUGGAAGCCAAGCCCAAAUCAGCGACCACAGUAAGUCCAACUCAAAACAUCACCAUGCAGACCACCAUGACCUUGCCCAGCAUCACAAUUUAAAGGACCAUCAACAGCAUUAUCGUCGGCAUGUUGAUCACCACAGUGGAGGAGGUCUCCACAGAGACCAUCAGCAAGCUCAACCUAGUGAUUUUGAUCUUCAUUGCCAUGGAGAACAACAUAGGUCUAGCCAUCAGCGUCAACAUGGUAACCACCACAGUCCAAACCCUCGGGAUAACCAGGGAGAUGAACAGAAUGAAUCACGACAACUUGACAAGAAGGAGAAUAAGCGUUCUUAUCCAGAACAACGCCAUGGAGUCCAUCACAGUCCAAAUCGUCCCCAUUAUCACGAAGACAAACACAGUCGAAAUCUUGAAGACCAUCAAAGUAAAGGCCAUCAACACCAGCAGAGAGACAAACACAACAACAGCGAUAACGAUCACCGUCAGCACCACCAUGGUGAGCACAAAAGCCCAAACAGUCAUCUCCAGCAUGAAACCCAUCAUAGCCGUGCUCAUCAAACGCACCAUGGCGAUAUGAAUCAUUCCGAGCCACAUCAAACUUGCUUCAAAAAUGCCCCUGAACAUCAGGACAAGCGCAUGAACAGAGAGUCAGAUGGCAGUCUGCCUCCACACCAGAAGAAGGAAGUUCUCAACUGCAAGCUUGACUCCUCAAAGAAAAUGAGUGGCCCCUGUGGUCGAGCUGAGGAACAAACCGACUUCACCGGCCCAUCAAUACCACAUGAAUCAACACAUGAAAUGGACAAAAUAAUGGUUCUUGAGAAAGAGAACGAAGGUCUACAGCAGAAUCUCUUGAAGCAAACCGUCAAGAUGGAGUGUUUUGGAGAUUUUUUAAACAGCCAUAAGCUUUUGGAAGAGGAGCUCCAGAGGACACGAGCAGAAUUGAGUGAUCUUACUGAGAGUUUUAAAAUACUCCAUGAGAACUGUUCGUCCACACAACAAACAAAUAGCCUACUGGAGCAAAAACUUAACUCUGUGACUAAAAGCAUGGAAGGAGAGCGUGAGCGGUUAAGCCGACGUAUUUCAGCAUUGACAGAACAACUGGCUUCUGCAAAAUUUGCCAACAAUGUGGACACAUUAAAUGUCAAUUCUGUGUUGAACAAAUCCAAUGACCAUUUUCUCCCAGAUGAUGCCAUUAAUCAGCUAAUGCUCCCUCUGGCUCCUCCGCCAGUCCAGUUCAUGGACAUCCAAAAUUAUGAAAAAAUCAAGGUCGCAGGACAGGAGCAAAGUCUGGGAUCGGUUCCAGAGGAAGAAGAGUCCGACUGGUCAGAAAUGGGGGACGAGAUCCCCCGAUUUAUACUGACAGGUUCAAACAGAAGUCAAACAUGGAUGCCCAGGGAUGGCGACAUGGACAAAGACAGUGAGUCAGGAGGUGAGGACAUUGUCCGACUUCAAUCUCCUCGACCUCUGCAGAUACCUCAUCUUCAGUUCACCAUCCACAAUGAAAUGUUCCCUGCUCCGCCAGCCAUCGCUUGCCCCUCCAGUUUACCAGGCGAAAGUGCAUUUAGGAUCACUACAAGUCAGAAUCUUGGCUCCACUAUACUGAUAAGAUCGGCGAGCCUGGAGGAAAUCCCGUUAGCGUGCCGUCAAAUGUCAAAGGAGCUGAGAGGCACGGAAGCCAUGAUGGACCUUCACCAUCCCGAGGAUGACACUAACAGUGAUUUAGAUAAUGAGAUCAUUCAUCAUUGGAGAACAAACAACAACCGGGAUGGGAAGCUAUCAGAGCCAGAAAGCGCUCCGUGCAGUCUGCAGUCAGUUGAACAGAUGCUCCACCAGUUCAUGUAUGAACCUCAGCCCAGUGAAGGAAUAAGUCAGAGCAGGUCUGAACUGCACGGCUGGACUGAAGGCAUGGCAGAGGAGGUGCUAGGAGGGGAGCAAACACAACUUUGAUACAGUACAAUGAUUGUUCAAAUGUCCUUAAACAGAACCUGAACUUUACUCAGCAGGACAUUUCAGUCAAGGUGUGCACUUGGGCAAAAGAACAAAUACAGUAGGAUGGAUAAGAACCAAUUUAAUUAAUAGUUUUAACAGAAGACAAGUAAAAGUUCUGUUUUUAUUGAACAUGUGAGAGGUUUUUCAGUGGUUGGUCUUAUUGACAGAUCUGGACUGAGAGCAGAGAAAGCAUCGAUAUACUGUACAUGAUAUUAAUCACAUUAAUUUCCCUGGACUACUUUAGUACAUAGUUUCCUUACAAAUUCCUUCAACAGAAUGGACAGUGCGAUUAAAUUGGCUUUUUAAUCUGUUUUAUUGAAAACCUGUUGUAUUUUUUUGAAGAACUGUCAGUGUAUGUGGAAAAAUGUAAUCAUUUCCUUUGAUUGUUAAGCAAAAUCCUUAAAUGCCCAUAAGACACCUGCUUGUAUAUGCCUAAAUACCGGUAGUCAAACAUUUCAUAAUAAAAUGUACAUAAUCCUGUAAUUCAGAAGCAAGUCUACUCCAUAAUGUUUUUAUCAUGAAAACAUUCAUGCUUUUCUGGACAAAUAUCUUAUCUCUGUAACAAUAACAAUACAUAACUUGCUAGGGUAAUUAAGCCAUCUGCUCUGGCAAUGUACUGUAACUAAUACCGCAAAUAAAAACCUUGAUAAACAUUUACUGUAUUUGAAAUGUGAUUUUUCAAAGUUUUCACAGAUGCAGAGUCAAUCUUAGAUCGCUUCAUGUUGGUUCUCACUGUGUCCUGAUUGGUGAUCUACCAAGGGGGACUCCACAUUUCCCCAGUGUCAGCUGAGGUAGACUCCACCCACUGACCCUGCACGGGAUGCGGUAGGUAUUGAUAAUGGAUAUUCUGGAAUGUCGUUUCAUGCACAAUGCUGUGCAGAAAUCUGGGUUAAACCGACUGUACUGUAGGUCUUUGGUUCUUUGCCAUUUAACCCUAUGAAUGGACACAGAGUGACAUUUUGGGUCAUGUAAGCCACAAUAUCACAGCUGCUAUACGAGAGUAGCCUCCACAUACAUGGACCCAAGUAUCAAACAUAAAUAUUUAUUAUACCGCUCACUUACUUGGUUCUUGCUGUUUUUCUCAUAUUUUAUUCUUAUUGUUGCAGAAAUGUUGCCGCUAACUUAGGACCUCACUGCACUAUUUCUCUUGUUGCACAUAUUUCAGUCUAAGCCAGCUAUAAUCACUUUUAUAAGCACAAAAGUAAACUAUUUUCCUUUUUUUUUUCUUCUUCUUUUCAUUCAUUCUACAUGUUUAUAUUGGAGUGCCACGUCAAAUUUCGUUGUUUCACAAUAUUAUUUCGUUGUUUACCAUUCACGAUUUUAGGGUGGACAUUAAGAAAAACUACAACACCGUUAUUCGUGGACGGAUCAGAAUAAAAUUUGGUAGG